CUGUCAAUAGUCAAAUUAUAUAAACGAAAUUGACAUUCAGUUUUAUCAAUAAGUUUGUAUUGGAAAACUUUGUUAUUGUUUAUUAUUAUAUGAAAUAUUCGCUUUUCGUUCACUACUUCGUUCUCUUAUAUUUUAGAAGUAGGAAAUCCAAUGAAAUAGACCAAAUUUUAGUUGUGAUAUCAAGAUAACCUUACUUACCCCAGUAUUUAACUUAAACUUUCAGGAAUACAACAAUGAAAACCGCUUUUAAUUUGGUGCUGUAGUAUUUGCGUGAUGUUAGAACAAACAUACAGACAGACAGAUAAAAUUUAAAAAUAAUUUAGUAAAGUAAAACAGAAAAAAUAGUAAUAAAAUGAAAUUUUAAAAAUCUAUUAUGUGAUCACGGGUUUCUCUAAACAGAGGCAAUGGAAUCCUCACGGCAUGUGUCAUUGGAGCAGGUGAAUGCUCUGAUUAACUUUAUGGGACAGCAUGUGGAGUUUGCAACUGGCAGCCUCAGAUCAUUGGAAGCCCGACACACAUCUAAACGGCUCUGGUGCGAAUUAACCAAAACCCUGAACAGUUAUCGUGGAGGCAUAAAGAAGAACUCUGAUGGGUGGAGUAAGUAUUGGAGUGAUUUUAAAAAUAAAUUGAAAAACAAAACAAGAAUGUUAAAAAAGAACAGUUCUGUUUCUAAAAAAAGUGUUAGGCCACUAACAAAACUUGAAAGGAGAGCUCUUGUGAUAUUGGGACCACAUUUUGAAAGGAAGAUAAUUGGAACUGUACAGAGUAAUGAUGGGUUUUCUAAUAAUUAUCCUAGUGAAAUCAAACUUGAGGCAUAUCAGGAAAAUAUGUCAAAUGACUUCAAUAAAACAAUGAGUGACACCAGUGAUAGAUUAUCAGGCGAGAAUGACGAGAGAAACUCUGACGAAAGUGCCGAAUCCAGUGACGACGAUAAUGUUGAGGUUUCAGAGAAUAAUUCUAAUGAAUCUCUUGUGCAUAAUUUGUAUCCAAAAUGGUUAAUAGACAUAGAAAAAAAGCGAGCCAACGCAGAGUUGUUGCGAGCGAAGGCCGAGGAGCAGAGGGCGUCUGUCGCAGCGAAAACAGCGGAAGCUGCUCUAAUCCAGGCCGAAGCUUUGAGGAAACUAGCUGACGCCACAUCCACACAGGCCGAGGCGCUCGUGAGAAUAGCCAUGGUAUUAGAAAAUAGGAACCAUAGAGACAUACUGUCUAUAUAAUUUUUUUUUUUGUUUUUUGGCACAAAGGUGCUCAAAAGAAUUGUUGAUAUUAUUUAAAUUAAUGUGCAAUAAUUAAUCUCUCAUUUGACUAAAGACUGAUAUUGAAUGACUCAUGUAUUUAACUUUCACUUUCCUACGUCACCGCCCCACUCCAUUUCGAGCGAUACUUCUAUGCGCUAGAGAGCAGACUUGGAUUGACUUCCUAGUAGCACAGUAGAAAAGACCAAUAUAAAAUAAUAUUGGA